CCACUGACCAGCACGUUAAGAAACAGGCAAGAGAGGAUCGAAAAGGUCAGAGAGGGAGAGAGAUGGCUUCGUUGCUGAAGAAUGCUUUGAAAGCGUUUAGGGAGAAGGGCGUCAGAAAUGUCUUCAGGGAGAUCAGGGAAGAAGGAUACUUGAAGUGCCUUACGGAUGGAAACCUUUUGCAAACCAAACUCCAUAACAUAGGCGCAACACUUGUGGGAGUUGAUAAAUUCGGGAAUAAAUAUUAUGAGAAACUUAAUACUCAAUAUGGAAGACACAGGUGGGUGGAAUAUGGUGACAAGGGCCGGUAUAAUGCAUCUCAGGUUCCAGCAGAGUGGCAUGGGUGGCUCCACUUCAUCACCGACCACACAGGGGAUGAGCUUCUGAUGUUGAAACCCAAGAGGUAUGGAGUUGAUCACAAGCAGAACUUUUCUGGGGAGGGUGAUGAGUUCAUUUACCAUUCCAAGGGACACACACUCAACCCUGGGCAGAGAGACUGGACUAGAUACCAGCCAUGGCAGCCUACCAAGACCUCCUAAGAAUUCUUCUCUAAACAUCUCAGGGCCCUUCAGAUUGUCUAAAACAUUGUGUGUCCAUCCAUGUAUUUUCUUUAUUCCAACCCUUGAGGGCAUGAAAUAAUAGGUCGCACUUUGUUCGUUGUGCUGAAGCCGUGAAUAUUUUUCCCUAGAAGGGUAUGAACAAGUAAUAUGUUUACCUGCAAGCAUUUUACAUGAUUUA